UACCUAUACCACAUGUUUUCGGACUGCUAGGGGAAACCAGAGCACCCCAUUCAAAGUAUUAUAAAUAUACCAAGAAUUGUUCAUAGAAUUACAUUAAAUUACCCAUUAAAUUGUAUUUUUUUAAUGGCUACCCCAACCCCAAAACCACCCAAGCCACAUAAUGGAAAAACAUAUAUCAAGUAUUUUAAACAUACCAAGAUUUAUUCAUAUUAUUGAAUAAAUUACCCAUUAAAUUGUAAUUUAUUAAUGUAUACCUAUACCCACACAGUAAUGUAUAAACAACAACUGUUGUUGCACAGUAAUCGCAUUGUUGUCAUUUAAAUAAUUAUUGUUAACUUUCGGCUACAGAUCUAUCUCUUCUAGACUUUGCCCAGGUUAGGAUUAGAUUAUUGAGCUAAAAAAUCACAGUUAUUGGUUUGUUAAUUGUGGGAAUUGUACCUUAAAUGUAAGUGUGACAAAACUUACACAUUUAGGACUAAUUAAAACUUUACCACAAGUCUUUAUCUAAACAAACUGUCAUUUAAAGGGUUCAAAAAUUAAAUCGUUGAAAUGAAUGAAUUGGUAGUUAUCUCCUGAUAAAUCUACAUAAGUGGAAGAUUAAUAAUAUUUAAAUAUACUAUUAAAAUACAUGAUAUUUCUUGUCCUCCAAUAGACCUACUGUAUGUGCGACGUUUUUAAAUGAAUGCACAAUGGUUAAUACCUUAGCAAAAAUUUGCGUUGUCCUCUUCCCAGAAUAACAUGUCUUCAUGUUUUCAAAACCCUCAUGUGGUAAAAAGAAACUCAAAUGUUUUGAACUAGUAAAGGGUGAGUAAACGAGAACAGAAUUUUCAUUUUUGAUAGAACUAUACCUUUAAUUAGACUUGUAGGGUAAUUAAAAGCAAAUGUUGUGCUUUUAUUUACUUUGUUUACUACUGUAUGGCUUACAGAGUCUGAUACUUCUUUUUUGUAGCAAGAAGUUUGGAAUAAAAGUAAAGAAGAAACAUCGGAAAGGACACAAGGGUGUUGUAAUCUCAAACAAAGGUGCUCUAGAGGCUGAGGCUGAAACUAAUCCUGAAGAUCCAGACGUGAUAGAUGUACCACAGCCCGAGUUUGCAGGACAGUCCACCUCGGCCCACACUUCUUUCAGACAGAUUGCCAAUACUAAGAGGCACGUCUUGUUUUCCUCUCCAAUUGUAUGUAAAGCUGUAUCCAAGAUCUUGGAAGGUGAAAGCAAACCACAAAAUUUCCAGAUUUCCAUCAAUAUAACAGAGAUCAGGCAGCUGGUUGGGGACAAUAUAGACCCUAGUGUUGUGAUUGAAAUUGGAGAUGAUAAAAAGCAGACAUCGGUGAAAGAAGGAACCAACGCUCCCUUUUACAAUGAGUAUUUUGUGUUUGACAUAUAUUGCAAUCAAGACAUCUUUUUUGACAAAGUCAUUAAACUAUCAGUCAUGCACUCAAAGAUUAUGAAGAGCUACUGUGUGGGAACGUUCAAGAUUGAUGUUGGGACAGUUUACUCUCAACCUGGGCAUCAGUUCAUCAAUAAGUGGGCCACACUAACAGACCCUGCCGACAUCCGUGUUGGGGUGAAAGGUUACCUGAAGUGUGAUAUCAGUGUGUCUGGAAAGGGAGAUGUUGCACCACCAUCUCAGAAAUUCAGUGAUGCCGAGGAACAAAUUGAUAAGCACCUCCUGCUUCCUGAAGGCUUAAACCCGGAGCGGCCGUGGGCUCGGUUUUAUGUGAUCGUGUACCGAGCAGAAGGUCUUCCCAGAAUAAACUCCAGUAUUAUGGCCAAUGUGACCAAAGCUUUUGUUGGAGACACAACAGCCCUCAUUGAUCCUUAUGUUGAGGUGUCAUUCUUUGGUCAAGUUGGAAGGACUUCAACCCAAAAGAGCUCAGCAGAUCCAGUGUGGAAUGAGCAGGUGGUGUUUAAGGAGAUGUUUCCUCCACUGUGUCAGAGACUAAAGAUUCGGGUUCUGGAUGAAGGAAGCAUGAAUGAUGUGGCCAUUGGGACUCAUUACAUUGACCUGCACACCAUAUCAAAUGACACUGAUGGAGACAAUGGUUUCUUGCCCACAUUUGGGCCAGCCUGGAUCAACCUCUAUGGUUCUCUUCGAAAUUCCACACUGGUGGAUGACAGCCAGGAACUGAACGAAGGUGUUGGUGAAGGGGUGUCCUACAGAGGCAGACUCUACAUAGAGCUGAGUGUAGAAAUCCUGUCUGGAGGAGCUGCUGAAUCCAAAUCUCUGCUCUCAAAGUUCAGUCCAAAAGAUGCCAAGGGUGGGAAAACUGGUACAGGAGCAGGAGGUGAAGAGGAGAAGUCCAAGAUGAUAGGACCUGAAGUGAUCCCAGUGGAGCCCCCGCAGAAGAUGAGAGAUGAAGACAUGGAGACUUUCCUGCUCUUUGGUUGUGUAUUUGAGGCAUCCAUGAUCGACAGAAAAAUUGGCGAUAGACCAGUCACCCUAGAGUUUACGAUUGGUAACUUUGGGAACUUAAUUGAUGGUGCUGCACCACCUCCAUCAAAGAAGAAGCUUGAGGAUGUGUCAGUGACUGCUCCUCUACUGGACACUACAGCCACAAUGCCCUGCAAAUCCACUACAACACCAGAAAGGCCUAUUUUUGGAGAUGCACAGAGGCAUUAUAUGCAUUUGCCCAUCGCUGCACAGAAGCCCUGUGUGUAUGUUUACAGUAGCUGGGAGGAUCGAGCGUACCGACUUCAUCACGCCAACAUGCUAGACACAAUUGCCCUCAUGUUUGAAGAGGGAGUCGCUAAGGUCACAGAGCUGGAUAAAAUGUUAUCUCCGGAAGCAUGGAGUCUCAUGCACCACGUUCUUCGGGAAUUCAGACGAGAUGCCAAGGAGUUUAUUGCUUUUGCUGAAAAAAAGGUGAAGGGAAGCAAUUUAACCUUGCUGGACAAAAAGAGGCUAACUAUGUGCAAACAGGAGCUGGAGAGUAUGACUGAAAUGGCAGGAGGACUUCUUGAGCCAAAGAGGAGAUCUUUGACUGUGAAAGAAAUGCUGCUGGAAGCUCAAAAAAUUAAAAAGAAGCUGCGAUUUCUGGUGGAGGAGCCUCAACACACUUUACCAGAUGUGUUUGUGUGUCUGGUCAGUAAUAACAAGCGUGUGGCGUAUGCCAGAAUCCCUGCUCGGGACCUGCUCUUCUCAGAGAGCCCAGAGCAAAGAGGCAGAGACUGUGGGAAGAUCAAGACACUGUUCCUCAAGCCUCCAGUGAAGCGUGCACCGGGAUGGACUGUCCAGGCUAAACUUGAUGUGUUCUUGUGGCUGGGAACUUGCGCAGAGUCAUCCCGCAUGUUGGACAAUCUCCCGUCGGGCUUUGAACUUGUGUCCACCUCUUUUGAGGAUAGGACUGGCGCUCCUCCUGAAUAUUUACUCUACACAGAGCAGCACAUGUUCGAGCUGAGGGCUCAUAUGUACCAGGCUCGUGGACUCAUCGCAGCAGACAACACUGGCCUCUCAGACCCGUUUGCCUGGGUGUCUUUUCUGUCUCAUAGCCAAUGCACUGGUAUCAUAAAGCAAACAUUGACUCCCACGUGGAAUCAGGUGAUCAAGAUGACUAACAUGUCUCUAUAUGGAGGGCUUUACGACAUAGCCCAGGAGCCACCGCUGAUUGUGAUUGAAGUGUAUGAUGAUGAUGCAGUGGGUAGCGAGUACCUGGGCUCGACGGUGGCUGUUCCUGUUGUCAAACUAUCAGAAGAGCAAUACUCUCCUCCUCAGCUGCAGUACAGCCCUCUGUUCUGUGGCAGCCUGUCUGGAGGAGACAUACUGGGGGCCUUUGAGCUCAUUCAGAUUUCAAAGUCAGGAGAGCACUCACUCCCUGUUUUAGAUGAGCCAGAUGGAGUUGUUAUCCCAGUGCCCUCAUACAUUCGACCGGUGCUCUGCAAGUACAGGAUUGAGGUUUUGUUCUGGGGCCUCAGAGAACUGAAAAAGGUUCAGCUCUUAUCUGUCGAUCGUCCUCAAGUAUUUAUCAAGUGCGCAGGAUCGGGUGUCAACUCCUCUGUCAUACAAAGCUACAAGAAAAACCCGAACUUUACAAUAAUUGUGGACGCCUUUGAUGUGGAGUUGCCUGAAGAUGAACAUCUCCUCCCUCCCCUCACUCUCACCGUGGUGGACUGGAGGGCCUUUGGGAGAAGCACGCUUGUAGGUAGUCAUGUGAUCAACAACCUGGCCUUAUUCAAACACAAUCCUGUACCGGUCCAGCAGCCCCCGCCAGAGCCCAAAAACAUAGCAGUGGCUCAGCUCUCUCUGCAGCAGAGUGUUAUUCCACCUCCAGAUGAAGAGAUCGCCAUUGAAAUAGAGCAUGAGGAGAUCAUUGCCCCCAAAAGCCAAGAGCCUGAAUUCCAGGACACAAAGGUGUCAAAAAAGAGCAAACGAAGAUCUACAAAAAGGAAGAAACGCACCACGGCUGAUGAGUCUGCAGAUAAUGUCAUCGAUUGGUGGUCGAAGUACUAUGCAUCGAUGGAGAAAAUCAAACAGGCAAAGCAAAAAGAAGACAAUCCUUUUCCACUGCUCUUUGAAAAUAUUACUCCUCUGGAGAACAUUAUUUCCGAAGGAUUGAUCAAUCUGGCAUCAGGUAUGAGGGAUAGGAAAAAAGAGGUGAACUACAAGAGUGUGAUUGAACAGCCCAGGCUUGCAACAUUACAGGUGUACGACAAAGAGCUGGAGGCUGAAUUUGGGCCAUUUGAUGACUGGGUAAAAACCUUUGAACUCUUUCGAGGAAAGGCCAAUGAAGAGGACGGCUCUGCAUAUGAGAGAUUUGUUGGGAAGUUCAAGGGCAGGUUCUGUCUUUACAAGCUGCCAGAAGCAGACGGUGAGGCGGAAGAAGGCUAUGUGGAUUCAGGGCAGUUUAAAAUCAAUCAGGGAAUUCCUCCAAACACUGCUGUGAAUGUCCUUAUCCGUGUCUACAUAGUUGCAGCCUUCAACCUGCACCCUGCAGACCCAGAUGGCAAAGCAGACCCUUACAUAGUGCUGAAACUUGGGAAAACUGAGAUCAAAGACAGAGACAAUUACAUCCCAAAGCAGCUCAACCCAGUGUUUGGAAGAUCUUUUGAAUUUCAAGCCACUUUUCCCAAAGAAUCCCUACUAACAAUCCUAAUCUAUGACUAUGACCUGGUUGGUGGUGAUGAUUUGAUUGGAGAAACACAGAUCGAUUUGGAGAACCGGUUUUACAGCAGACAUCGAGCAACCUGCAGCCUUCCUACUGAAUAUGCCAUUGAGGGUUAUAAUGCAUGGAGGGACUGCAUGAAGCCAGUAGACCUGCUGAUUAAACUGUGUAAAGAAAACAGACUGGACAACCCUCAGUUUUCUCCAGGCCGUAUUACCAUCGGAAACAAAGUCUUUAUGGGGAAAACGGUAUUUCCAGAUGAAGAUCAAAUGGUGGAGUCGUAUGAACACUUGGCUCUCAAGGUGCUUCACAGGUGGUCUGAGAUGCCCAACGGAGGCUGUAAACUUGUCCCAGAGCAUAUUGAAACUCGCGCACUUUACCUCAAGGACAAACCAGGAAUAGACCAGGGCCAUUUGCAGAUGUGGGUGGACAUUUUUCCACUGGACAUGCCUCACCCUGGCCCACCUGUGGACAUUUCCCCUCGCAAACCUAAAGGGUAUGAACUGAGAAUCAUUAUCUGGAACACUGAAGAUGUGAUACUGGAGGACACCAACUUCAUUACAGGACAGCAGUCAAGCGACAUUUAUGUUAAAGGGUGGUUAAAGGGUCUUGAAGAUGACGGCCAGGAAACUGAUGUCCAUUACAAUUCUUUGACUGGAGAGGGCAACUUCAACUGGCGCUUUGUGUUCCCCUUCAGCUACCUACCAGCUGAGAAAGUGGUAGUGGUACAAAAGCGAGAAAGCAUCUACUCUCUGGACAAAACUGAACAGAAGAUGCCUGCAGUUCUUGUUAUGCAGGUGUGGGACUUUGAGCGGCUUUCCUCCGAUGACUUUCUGGGCUCAGUGGAGUUGGAUCUGCAUGGGUUUCCUCGUGGAGCUAAAUCAGCUAAAGCUUGUAAGAUGGAAAUGCUGACAGAACUCACAGAGAACAUCUCUAUCUUCCAGCAGAAACGCUCCAAAGGCUGGUGGCCCUUCAUCAAAGCUGGAGAACUAACAGGAAAGGUAGAAGCUGAGUUUCACCUGGUCACUGCUGAGGAGGCUGAGAAAAACCCAGUGGGCCGCGCACGCAAAGAGCCAGAGCCUCUGGAGAAACCAAACCGUCCAGACACAUCCUUCUCCUGGUUUAUGAAUCCUUUCAAGUGCUUCUUUCACCUGAUCUGGGGAAACUACAAGAAAUACAUCAUAGCUGGACUGGUGCUGUUGAUUUUGACCUUGUUCCUGGUUCUGCUCUUUUACACCCUUCCAGGGGCGCUCAGUACUAAGAUAGUCAAUGGGUAAAAAAAAAAAAACACCUGGAUAAAGUCACUGGACACAAUGGAGAGCAGCACAAAUGUAAUGUUUUAGCACACAUUUAAACACUUGCACUGUCGGUUGUUAGAUAACUCAGGAACAUCAAAAUAUUUGGUGAUUUUAAGGAACAAUUUUAUGUUUUUAUUUAACGUACAGCAAGAAAUGUAACAGUGACACAACAUUGAACAUUUGAGAAAACACUGAACAUAGCAAUUGGAAGAUAUAGGAAAGCUAUUAGGGCAUAAGCACCAUUAUGCAAUUGCUGUUUUGUAAUAAUUACAUCCUACAUUGAGAAAAUGGUUGGAUUUUCUUUUAAACUGAUUUAAAAAAUGUAAUAGUAGCAUUUGAAAUGACAACUGUAACUUAAAAAACGAUUUAUGUGAAUACAGUUGCAUAAAACAACAAGCUUAACCCAACGUAAAGUAAAUUUACCAAUGUUA